CAAAAUCUCUACCAGUUGACUAGUGUGGUCUCAUCGAAAUGUUCGCGAGACUGGCAGUAAUAUUCGGUGUCGCGGUGGCAUUCGCCGCUGCUGCCAUCGAGCUAAAUCCAGGCAGACCGCUUCUGUUCGGAACUCAACGAGUGGUUCCUCCAACGCUUGCUAAGCAGGAAGGCGACCCGUCAGAUUCUGUUGCCGUUUGGAAUGAGUUAGAGGUGCGUCAGACCUCCUCGAAUCCUCAAAAUCGAAAUGUUUUUCCGAUUCGAUACGUUACGAACGACCAGUACUAUGAACCUGGCGGUCCUAUAUUUAUGUUCAUUGGAGGACCAUGGGAACUGGAGGCGCAAGUUAUAGAGCAGGGAUACUUUGUGGAUCUGGCUAGAAACAUGAGCGCAUAUCUGGUCGCCAACGAGCUGCGUUACUACGGAGAAAGUAUACCGGUUGAAGAUGCUUCCCGGAACAACCUUCGUUUUCUAGCCAUUGAUCAGAUUCUACCGGAUAUUGCCAGAUUGAUUACCCAUAUAAAGAGUGAAGUUCUGGAGAAUCCAGAUGCAAGAGUCAUUCUGGCUGGUGUUGGUUUCUCAGCUUCGAUUGCGCAAUGGACGCGCAAGCGUUAUCAACAUAUGGUGAAUGGCGUGUGGUCUUCGAGCGGAUUGGUGGAAGCCAACAGUAAUUUUGUUCAAUUUUCUGAAUCUGUCGGUGAAAACAUUCGUCGUUUUGGAAGUGACGAAUGCUACAAUACAAUUUGGCAAGGAUUUGCCACCGCAGAAAACCUCAUAGAUGCUGGAUUAUCGACAGCCGUGGACAGUCUGUUCAACGUUUGUAAUCCCAUCAAAAGCGACGUCCCAGUCGAUGUGGAAGCUUUUCUCAAUGGUAUCUUCAAUGAAAUAGCUUCACAGGCAGUGGAUAUCCAUCUUCGAGAUAACAUUGAUCGAAUGUGUCAGAUACUGACAGAUCCUAAUAAACCUAAUGGUCUGACAGCCUUAUCUGACUGGUUAACUGGACGUUUUCCAGACGCCGAGUGUCUUGUGAUGGAUUUUGAAAGCAUUAUUCAAGCGUACGAAGUGACUGAUUGGCAGAAUGAAAUGCUUCGUAAUGGAGAACGCCAGUGGAUGUACCAGCGGUGUACUGCAUUAGGGUGGCCGCUAACUAGUGGUAGCUCACACUCUCAACCGUUCGGAGAGCGCAUCACUACCAACCUGUUCAUGCAGAUUUGCGAGCGAUUGUUUGAUGACUGGCUUACUUCGGAUGUGUUUGAAUCUUUGGUACAAGAUACCAACACAUUGUUCGGCGGAAAUCGCCCAGAAGUUCAACGCAUUUACUACACCAAAGGAUCGUUGGAUCCAUGGCGCUUCACAGGAGUUGCUUACCCGUAUCAGGAAUCAUAUGUCAGAGAAAUUCCGAAUGCUACUCACGGCGAAGAUUUGGCAUCGAUUUCGGAAUCAGAUUCAGAUGCUCUUUUACUGUCUAAGCAACACGUCGAACAUGAAAUUCGUCGUUGGGCACUUGGGCCACCCCCACCGCCACCAGGACCAUUUCCUCCACCACCACCGCCGCCUCCACCACCACCACCACCACCUCCACCAGGUUCACUGUAACAUUCAACCUGCGUGAGCCAGAGAUGGUUUUAGGGCUUCUGUUUCCCGACAAUUGCAGAAUUUGAGCGAGACGAAAUAAACGAAUUCUCUAGAAAUCCAGGCCUCCCAGAAAGUCGUCGCAUUAAAAGUUGUCUUUAUUUCUUUUUAAGUUUGCAUAUUUAAAAAUCGAUUGUUUAUAACUCUGCAGAAAGAUUGCUGAGUUCAUGAAGAUUUCAUGUUGCAAAAAUCAGCGAACACUGUUGUGAAUUGGUAUUGAUUAAAUAUGUUUAACUAUGAUACGACUCGACACGAAAACUUCACGAAACCGGCUUAAACCCAAAUCAUUACAUUAAUUCAUGAUAUUUUCGUUUACAUGUAAUAAUAAUAAUUAUAAUAGUGAAAAACGCUUUUAAUCCAUUUAAGGGAAUUGCAGAAUUUAAUAUAAAUAGUAUUAAAAUUGUCAA